AGUCGUCAUCUUGUAUUACGAUCGUCGUUUAUUUAUGCUAGGCGUGCUGUAAGACUGCUAAGGCGUGCGAAGUGCUCGUGCGAGUGACGAAAUGACACGCAAUCGCUGGCCUGUAUAAUGAUAAUAAAAGUAAGGCAUUGGAGGAAACAGUCAUAAAACUAGCGUUCUCGCUGUACGAUGAAAGCAGUCGCAUCAGUCAGACAAAGAUGUCUCGCACCGGCUUGCCACAUUUCUCCGUGGGAAAUAUAGUCAAGGGUUUUGGACGCGGAUCUAAGGAACUAGGCAUUCCAACUGCAAACUUUCCAACCGAAGUCGUACAGAAUCUACCACCUGAGAUCGGCACUGGUAUUUAUUAUGGAUGGGCAUCCGUCGACAGAGGGGAUGUACAUAAGAUGGUAAUGAGCAUAGGGUGGAACCCCUUUUUCCAAAAUACUCAGAAGUCGAUGGAAACGCACAUAAUCCAUGAAUAUCCUGGGGAUUUGUAUGGAUUGGAGUUGAGGGUCGUAAUACUCCGGUUUUUGAGACCGGAAGCAGACUUUACCUCCAUCGAGGAUCUUAUAGCUGAAAUAAAAGGAGACAUUGAAAAUGCCAAAAAGUGUCUCGAGGAACCAGAGCUGGCAGCCUACAAAAUGCAUAGUUUUUUUACAAAUCCGGCUUCAAACACUUAGGUUGAGAUGUGACUGUUAUUCGCUGUAGACACUUGUGUGCGUAACGAAAUAUAGUCAACAAUGUGAAGUGUGAUCCGCUCGAUCGUUCGAAUUUGCACAUGGUCUGGUGGCUUAAUACUUUUCACAGUUGUCAUCACUCGAUAGGAACAUAUUGAGUUCAAUAUUUUUGUAAAUUAAUCAUUUGGAUAUUCAAGCUGCCUUUUU